CGGCGCUUCACAGUCAGUCAGCGGCGGGCCACAGAUGUAGGUGGAGCCGGCGAGGCGAAGGAGGCGGCGGUGCUGCUCUGUCAAGAAGUCAGCGGAGUUCCAACGUCGACGGUCCUGCGGCGUCUUUUCACCGAGAAAAGCCAAGAGUUCGCCCGCGGAAGAGGAGAGGCGAGACCCGGACGCAGCCAUGGACGGUGUGUACGGAUGGGGCCACCCCUCAAUCAACCCAGUCAUGCCGACGAACCCCUACAUAGAGAUCAUCGAGCAGCCGAAGCAAAGGGGGAUGAGGUUCCGGUACAAGUGCGAGGGCCGCUCCGCCGGGAGCAUUCCUGGAGAGAAGAGCAACGACACCACCAAGACGUAUCCAGCCAUCAAGGUGAAUAAUUACAACGGUCCGCUGAGAGUUCGCAUCUCCCUGGUGACCAAAAACACACCGCACAAGCCCCACCCCCAUGAACUGGUUGGAAAAGACUGCAAGCAUGGCUACUACGAGGCAGACCUGCAGGAGAGGAGAAUACACAGUUUUCAGAAUCUGGGCAUACAGUGUGUGAAGAAGAAGGACGUGAAUGACGCCAUCACCUGCAGGCUGCAGACCAACAACAACCCUUUCAACAUUCCUGAGUCCAAGGUGUGGGAGGAGGAGUUUGACCUGAAUUCGGUGCGGCUUUGCUUCCAGGCCAAGAUCACGCUCCCCACAGGGGAGCUGUACCCUCUGGAGCCGGUCGUGUCACAGCCCAUCUACGACAACAGGGCGCCAAACACAGCCGAGUUAAAGAUCUGCAGAAUCAACCGGAACUCUGGAACCUGCAAAGGAGGCGAUGAAAUCUUUCUGCUGUGUGACAAAGUGCAAAAAGAGGACAUCGAGGUGCGUUUCUUCCAGGACUCCUGGGAGGGGAAGGGCACCUUCUCCCAGGCGGACGUGCACAGGCAGGUGGCGAUCGUCUUCCGCACGCCGCCCUACCGUGACACCAACCUUGUUGAGCCAGUUAAGGUGAAGAUGCAGCUUCGGCGGCCGUCUGACCGUGAAGUGAGCGAGCCUGUGGACUUCCAGUACCUACCAGCUGACCCAGAUGAAUACCGGCUGAAUGAGAAGAGAAAGCGGACAGCAGAUGUAUUCCAGAACUUGAAGCUGGGGUCGAUGCUGUCCAGUGUUUCCAUCCCAUCAGACCGGCGGCAAAUGAACUUUGCAAGGAGAACAGUCCCACCUAAACUUUCCUCUGUGAAUGUGUCAACCGGGACCGAGACGCCCCCUGGUGCCAGUGCAGCCAAACCACAGGCCCCUUUCCUCUUCACUCAGCCGAUCCAGGCCCCUGCGCCGCACAAGAGGGAGCUCCCCGACGCAACUUCAAGCCAACCCUGGAGAUUUAUGGAGACUCUGAAGAAAGAUUUACAGACCCCCUUCGCAGGGAGUUCUUCAUCAGCCGCUCCCUCCUCCUCCACCACCAUCAGCGCCUCCACGGCGAGCAACCAAUACCCCACAGUCAACAUAGCAGACCUUCAGGAGUUCUUCCCCAACAUUUUGUCCCCCAUGAAUCAGGAGGCAGAAGCCACUCAAGCUAGUAGUGCGCCCCCUCAGGCCAGCAGCUCCUUCCCCCUCCAGGCCUCGCAGUUCUCCACAAACCCCGCAGAAGACGACCUCCCAGAGUUCCCCAGCUUCUCUGAGGGCCAGGUCCCCAUCACCCUGGAUAGCCUGAACAUGGACGACUUUGAGGACCUUUUGAACGUGGGCGGGGGUGGCGCCGUUCCCAUUGGAAGUUCGGGCCAGCAGCCCCACGCCACCGCACCUCCCCAGAAUCCCACAGCGGGCCAGAACCCCUCGGACCCUGCUGGCAACCCAGGAAGCACCUGGAUGAACUACCCCAACAGCAUCGUCAACCUGCUGCAGAGCGAGGGCAUGAUGGACGCCGCCCCCCUCAACAACCACCACAGCGGCUACGCAGAACCCGACGACUACCAGCUGCUGUCCGCCGACGACGACCGCCUCAUGUCCAUUUACGAAAAUGAAAAUCACGCCGAGUUUGUGGCGGGACGCCAGACCUAAAGGACCCUUUCACCAAAGACUUCUGCUUUCUGCCUUCAGGACUGAAAAGAUGCCAAGGGGAAACAGAAAGACCGCUCACUGUGGACAAAGAAACCCCCCAACCACAGAUUCAGAUCAUGUCCUUAUCAUUACAGAACCAUUAUGUGGAAGACGACCCGCGCGUGUUCAUCAGCUGAUGAUGGCGUCGCUUCGCUGACACGUGUUUGGCAGGUUUUUGUACUGUAUCUGAACAAGUUUAUCUGCUGUUUUUAGAGGAAGUUUGGGGUUUUGAAUCCAAAAAUGAACAGCCUGGUAUGUUGGCAUGUUAGCAUUAUACCCUUUUUUUUUUAUCAAGUGUCCCUUUGGUUUGAAGUGUCAUCCGAAGGUUUUGUCUGCGUGUGUAAAGAACCACAUGAAGGUCUACAUGUAAAUAUUUACAGGUUGAACAUGUGCUUGCAGACCAGUCCGUGUUCCUGCUUCUGUUAUCCUGGUGUUUCUACGGUUACUGUCCAAAGAACCGACUUUUCUGUUUUGCUUUUGGUCAGCAGCCCCCCCCUCCACACACAGACAUUAUGCCUAACCUUUUUUCACAAUAAAAUCGACAGAAUGUAAA